AGCCAAUCAGGAGGCAGCUCCUGGAAGCUUCCUGUUUCAGGUUUCAAGUCAGAAUGUUUCUGCUGGUUUGGGUCAGAACCAGAACACCCGACCAGUCUUCAGACAUCGGACUGGAAAGCUGAACAUGUCCUGCUCUGCCCAUGUUUCCAUGGCACCAAUGCAGACACAGUCCAGAGGUCACCUGCUCAGACUGACUCACCUCCAGGUGAAACAGGUCACAUGACCACCUGCCUGACACCAGAACACCUGAUUGGCUGGAGCCAGGCUCUGUGAUGUCGUCUGAUAGGCUGUAACCAGGCAACAGGAGGAGGUGGGGAGAAGAGGGUAAAGAGAGGAGGAAGAAGAGGAAGAGGAGUGGGACAGACUGCCGAGCAGCUGAGGAGGAGAUGGAGCAAAGCGUCAUCCACCUGAGCCACUGCCAGAAGGAGAUCUUCUGCUUCUCGGUGCCUGAGGUGUGUCCGAGCUGCGGGGAGGAGCUGAAGGGCCGCAGAUUGCAGGAGGCGCCGGUGAGCCUGCCGUCCCCCUUCACCGACGGACACAAGACCUCCUGCUGCCUGCUGGUUGCUCCUGCGCACAACAACCAGGACAGAGACUUUACUGGGACAUCAGACCUGCACACUGGCAUCUCCAACACUAAAGGUGUUGUUUAUAACUACACUCAGGAAGGUGUGCGGCGAGAUCAGAGUGGGUGGAGCCGCUGUAUCAGCAUCCCCCUGGUCCGACCCGACAUGUUCCACCUGCUGGCUCAGUGGGACCAGUACCUGGAGACGUUCUCUGAGGGACCCGCAUGGGACCCAGUGUGGCAGAAGUUCCAUGAGGAAGACCACAACUGCUUCAGCUUCUGCCUCCAGUUCCUGAACGGCAUCCUGGCCAUGGAGGGUCGCGGCGCUCUGAGCCGGGACGACUUCACCCGCUGCUUCAUCCUGCCGAGGAUGAGGAGGGUGUCAAAGUACACCACGCUGAUCCGGCACCUGCAGGAACACCAGUACUACCUGGCAGACAGACAGGAGACACUGGGAGACAGGCAGGAAGAGUCGGACACCACCAGUUAAACCAGUCUAACCACAGUUAAACCAAUCACACUACCAGUUAAACCCAGUAUUGUUGAAGCUACAACAGUUGAAACAGCAGCUCUAGUUAAAUCAGUGGAACCAGUUGGUCCAUUUUGGAGUGACAUGAAUGUUUAUUUAUUGUUUGUAAAUAAAGGUGAAUAU